GCUCUCAGCAGCUCUCAGGCUCGCUCGUUCUAUCGAUGUCGCUCACACCACCACACAACUGUAUCAACUAAACUGUAACCACGAUCACGGGACUUUUAAUUUAAAAAAACUAAUUAAGUAUCUACCUACUCAAACAAAUAAAAUAAAUAAGUAAGUGUGAAAGCUGUUGAUGUCAAUCGUUUUAGUAGUGUUACAAGGGUUCAAUUAUUCGGCUUUAAUAACAAAAAAUACUUGUUAUAAAUUGUUUAUAUAAAAGUAAUCAACAAUUUGAUGUGGAAAAUAAUUAUGCUAUUUUGGCUGCUGUAAAUCCUGAAUUAUUCCUGAAGCUCAACCAAUGUGUACUCAGCUGAAAUGGGGUAUCGCCGGCGUGGGAAUGAUAGCCCACGAUUUUUUGACCGCGAUGGCGACGCUGCCAGAUGAAAAGCACAAGGCUGUGGCCAUUGCCGGCAAGGACAUGGACCGCGUACACAGACUAGCUUCGCUCCACAAUAUCACCUCCGAGCAUGAAAGCUACGACUCCUUGGCGCUUGAUGUUGACGUUGACAUUGUUUUCGUCAGUGUUUUGAAUUUGCAACAUUACGAAGUAUCUAAAUUAAUGUUAGAAAAUGGAAAACACGUGUUGUGUGAGAAACCGCUGGGCAUGACUCACAAACAGGUUAAGUCCCUCGUGGAUUUAGCUCGUGAAAAGAAAUUGUUCCUCCUCGAGGGGAUGUGGUCGAGGUUCUUCCCUGCUUACGACGCUUUGAACGAGCACAUAUCUUCUGGCGGGCUUGGGGACAUCUAUCACGUCAACAUUCAGUUCGGGGUCGAAAUUAACGAAAUUGAGAGGAACCUAAUGAAGGAUUUGGGUGGUGGUGCUGUGUUGGACCUUGGGAUAUACAUGCUGCAGCUAGCGCAGUUCGUGUACAAACAACCUCCUCUUGACAUGGUAUGCACCGGCCACCUCAGUAAGGCCGGGGUUGACGAGUCUAUGUCCUGUUCCCUCAAGUACCAGGACGGUAGGACGGCAACCCUGUCUGCUCACACGAGAGCCUCUAUGACAAAUAAGGCCGAAAUCAUCGGCACCAAAGGCAUUAUAGUUUUGGACUAUUUCUGGUGCCCCACUGCGCUACACAUAUCGGCUGCCAACAGCACCGAGUGGACACUUCCAAAGGGCGCGUUUAAAUUCCACUUCCACAACAGUGCUGGCCUGAGCUACGAGAUACAGGAAUGCUUUGACUGUAUCAGCAAAGGUUCACUGGAAAGUGUUAAGAUGAGUCUAGACGAUUCUGUCCUUUUAUCAAAGUUGAUGGACACGAUGAGAGCACAACUAGGAGUCCUAGACGAAGAAAAUUAACUUUACGUUUACUUAAAAUUUUAUCAAAUACCACCAAUAGCAUAAGUACUUACAUUAUUGCUUUAACUACUGUUAUAUAUUAACAAAGUGCCAGUUAAGUUGAGAACAAAACAAUUUGUGAUAUUAUGCCUUAAUUAUAGUCCCUACCUACAUAAUUGCAGCUAAAUAUACUUAAAAAGUACAGUAUUUAC